AUGCGGUUGAGGAAGCAACUACAUCCCACUGCCCUCUCUUUCUCCUCCUCUCCCCGUCAGGGCAUAGUGUACGUGGUUGACUGUGGCUUUGUCAAGCAACGGUUCUUCGACCCUGUAUCAAACGUGGAUGCGCUACUGCUAGUGCCCGUGUCACGAGCAUCAGCACAGCAGAGGGCAGGCAGGGCAGGGCGAGUGAGGCCAGGGAAAUGCUACAGACUGUACACAGAGCACAGCUACUUGACAGAUCUUGCCGCCCACACAAUCCCGGAGAUCCAGCGAUCAGAUCUCACAGCAACAGUGCUGCAGCUCAAGUCGCUCGGCAUCGACAACAUCAUGCGAUUCGAUUGGCUCUCGCCGCCCGCGCCGUCCGCCAUGAUCCGCGCACUAGAGACGCUCUUUGCCGUCCGGGCGCUGGAUAUGGACGGCAGACUGACCAGGCCUGUUGGAGUCCAGCUGGCAGAGUUUCCUCUGGACCCUCUGAUUGCCUUCAUGCUGCUUGUAUCGGCCAAUGCACCUGGCACCACCGCUGAUGGUGCUACUGGUACUGCGAUGAAGAGUGGAGGGGGUGGAGGUGGCGUGGGUGGGGGGAAGGAGGAGGAUGAUGAGGAGGAGGAAGACGGAGAUGGGGAGGACGCUGAUGGUUGUUCCGAAGAGAUGUGUACAGUUGCUGCGUCACUGUGUGUGCAGGUGAGAGGAGGAGAGUGUUGGCUUGCAGACGGGAGGUUGGAGCGGUUGGGAGUCAGUGUGGGUGGGCAGCAGCGGCAGGCAGAGGGAGUCAGACAGACUCAAAGAGCGAUUCGCUGCUGCAGAGUGAGGCCGGCCAAAAACAUAACUCAGUUGACCUCACUGCAACGCCAACCCCUUCCUCACUGCAACGCCAACCCCUUCCUCACUGCAACGCCAACCCCUUCCUCACUGCAACGCCAACCCCUUCCUCACUGCAACGCCAACCCCUUCCUCACUGCAACGCCAACCCCUUCCUCACUGCAACGCCAACCCCUUCCUCACUGCAACGCCAACCCCUUCCUCACUGCAACGCCAAACCCUUCCUCACUGCAACGCCAACCCCUUCCUCACUGCAACGCCAACCCCUUCCUCACUGCAACGCCAACCCCUUCCUCUGUGUUCUGCAACGCCAACCCCUUCCUCUGUGUUCUGCAACGCCAACCCCUUCCUCUGUGUUCUGUGCGUUCGAUGCUCUCUCUCUUCUCCCACCAGGGCGACUUUGGCGACUUUGUCUCCUACCUGAACGUUGCAGUUUACAGCCAACCGACUGCAGACAUCUUCCCUCGUCUAUUCCUCUUUGGCCCUCACCCCUCCUUCACCUCUCCUUACCCCUUCUCAUCCCUCCCCAUCCCCCCAUCUCAGCUGCGAGUGGACGAUGUGAGGGGGCGGCUGAGGAGGGGCCUCAGGCGCUUUUCAAAUCUGCCUCCUCACCCCUCCCCACCCCUUCUCGUCCAUCCUCACUCCUCCCUACCCCUCCCCGCCCCCACAUCUCAGCUGCGAGUGGACGAUGUGAGGGGGCAGCUGCGGAAAGGGCUAAGGCGCCUGGGGCUGAAGCUGCUGCCAUGCAGAGGUGACGUCAUGGUGGUCCCCCUACCUGUCCCUCCUCUUCCCCAUUUCUGUUGCUUGCCUUCCCACCCACACCCACCCACAACCCCACCACACCCCCUCCAACCCCGCACCACCCCUGAUUCCACCAGCUGCUCCAGCAGGCAGCAGUGCCAUCUUUUAUCACUUCUCGCCACCCACCAAUAUUUUGUUCCACUCUCCCCUCUGCCAACCCCUACUCCUCUCCACCAGCUGCUCCAACGGGCAGCGGCGGCCUCUCUCUUCGUGAAUGCGGCUCAGCUCAUGCCUGAUGGUGACGGAUCAACAUACAAGUCCGUGAGGGGCAAUCUGCAUCUUAAGAUUCACCCUUCGUCCGUCCUUUUCAGAGUGGCGCCGCAGUGGGUGGUGUACCGCACUGCAUCACAAGUGCCAUUCUAUUGCCCCCUCCCCCUUCCCCUGCAUCCAUGA